AUGACUUCCUACGAACGAGGAGCUCGCCCAGACAAUGGUCGCUACCACGGCUACGACCACUUGACUUUCUGGGUCGGAAACGCCAAGCAAGCUGCGUCCUUUUAUGUCACACGCUUCGGCUUCGAGGCAAUCGGGUACAAGGGUCUUGAGACAGGCCACCGUCAAAUCGUCAGCCAUGCUGUGAGACAGAAUGGCAUUGUCUUUGUGUUCCAGUCUCCUUUGGAGCCGAACAACAAGAUUUUGAGUGAUUUUCAUAGUGUGCACGGGGAUGCUGUAAAGAAUGUGGCAUUUGCGGUUGAUGACUGCCGAACCAUAUACAAAAAGGCGGUCGAACGCGGUGCGAAAUCCAUUAGGGAGCCUUGGGAAGAAACAGAUGAGAAUGGAACUGUUGUUAUGGCCACAAUCGCGACAUACGGGGACGUGGAGCACACGUUUGUCGAACGUACAAAAUACAAUGGACCGUUCCUUCCUGGUUUUGUUACGCCACCCGUAGAUCCUAUCGUUUCGUUCCUUCCACCCACUAACCUCCUGAAGAUUGAUCACAUUGUCGGUAACCAACCUGACAACGAAAUGGUCUCCGCCUGUGAUCUCUAUGAACGUACCCUGGACUUCCAUCGUUUCUGGUCAGUUGAUGACAGCCAGAUUCACACCGAAUACAGUGCCCUUCGGUCCAUUGUCAUGACGGACUAUGAUGAAGUCGUUAAAAUGCCGGUCAAUGAACCGGCAGUCGGCAAAAAGAAGAGUCAAAUUCAAGAGUAUGUGGAUUACCAUGGCGGAGCUGGUGUGCAGCAUAUCGCGUUGAGGACUGAAGAUGUUAUUACGAGUGUAACUAAUUUGAGGAAGAGAGGAGUGGAGUUUUUGUCCAUUCCACCAGUCUACUAUGAAAACCUGCGCCUUCGUCUCUCAACGUCCAGUACCAAAAUCACUGAAUCCCUGGACAUCCUUCAGCAACUCCACAUUCUCGUCGAUUAUGAUGAGAACGGGUAUCUCCUCCAAAUCUUUACAAAGCCAGUGGAAGACCGCCCGACCCUGUUCAUUGAGAUUAUUCAGAGAAAGAAUCAUCAAGGCUUUGGCGCAGGCAACUUCAAGGCACUCUUUGAGGCCAUUGAACAUGAGCAGGAAAGGAGAGGCAAUCUGUAG